AUGGCAUCUAGAAAUUCGACAAUAAGUGUGAAAGUUGUUGCAGCUGAGUCAUUAUAUAAAAGAGAUGUAUUUCGUCAACCUGAUCCAUUUGCUGUUAUUACUGUUGAUGGAUCACAAACUAAAACAACAAAGACAGCAAAGAAAACUUUAAAUCCGUAUUGGAAUGAAAGUUUUAGUUUCCAAGCAUUAGAAGAUUCUAUACUUGUUAUACAAGUAUUUGAUCAAAAGAAAUUUAAAAAGAAGGAUCAAGGCUUUUUAGGAGUUGUUAAUGUUAGAAUUGGAGAUGUAAUAGAUUUAAGCUUAAAUAAUAGUGAAGAAACAAUAACUAGAGAUUUGAAAAAAUCAAAUGAAAAUUUAGCGGUUACAGGAAAAAUUAUAGUUGUAAUAUCUCAUAAUAAAAGUGGAACUUCAAAUAAUGUAUCAAAUGGUACAACUUCAACCUCAUCAAGACUACCAUCUUCAUCAACUACCAACAAUCAUUCGAAUGGAUCAGGUUCUGCAUCAACUGCAUCCAAUGCCGUGCCAUCAGUAGCAAAUAAUUCAAGUGCUGCUGCUACUACUGCUACUACUGCUGCUGCUGCUGCUUCGCAUAGACAAUAUUCCUCAUUUGAAGAUCAAUUUGGAAGAUUACCACCAGGUUGGGAGAGAAGAACUGAUAAUUUUGGUCGUACGUAUUAUGUUGACCAUAAUUCAAGAACAACAACAUGGCAAAGACCAACAUUGGAUCAGUCGGAGACAGAAAGGGGUCAACAAAGACAAGAUACUACUGAAGCUGAAAGAAGACAACAUCGUGGUAGAACACUACCGGGUGAAGGUCCUACCUCACCAUCACCACAACAACAAAAUUCAAUAACAAGUGGAAACGUUACGGUUAAUGCAACAGGAGGAAAUUCACCAGUAAGUCCAGGGGCUGCAGUUUCAAUGGCUGCUUCAGGUGCAACAACUUCAGGAUUAGGAGAAUUACCAUCUGGUUGGGAACAAAGAUUUACUAAUGAAGGUAGACCGUAUUUUGUUGAUCAUAAUACUAGAACAACAACAUGGGUUGAUCCAAGAAGACAGCAAUAUAUUCGUACAUAUGGACAAAAUACUACUAUUCAACAACAACCAGUAAGUCAAUUAGGUCCAUUACCUUCAGGUUGGGAAAUGAGAUUAACAAAUACUGCUAGAGUUUAUUUUGUUGAUCAUAAUACAAAAACAACUACGUGGGAUGAUCCAAGAUUACCAUCAUCUUUAGAUCAAAAUGUUCCUCAAUAUAAACGUGAUUUUAGAAGAAAAGUUAUAUAUUUUAGAUCACAACCAGCAUUAAGAAUUUUACCAGGUCAAUGUCAUAUUAAAGUUAGAAGAGAUCAUAUAUUUGAAGAUUCAUAUCAAGAAAUUAUGAGACAAACACCAGAAGAUUUGAAAAAGAGAUUAAUGAUUAAAUUUGAUGGUGAGGAAGGUUUAGAUUAUGGUGGUGUUUCAAGAGAAUUUUUCUUUUUAUUAUCUCAUGAUAUGUUCAAUCCAUUCUAUUGUUUAUUUGAAUAUUCAUCUCAUGAUAAUUAUACAUUACAAAUCAAUCCAAAUUCAGGUAUAAAUCCAGAACAUUUGAAUUAUUUUAAAUUUAUUGGUAGAGUUGUUGGCUUAGGUGUAUUCCAUCGUAGGUUCCUUGAUGCUUUUUUUGUUGGAGCUUUAUAUAAAAUGAUGUUACAUAAGAAAGUUGUAUUACAAGAUAUGGAAGGUGUCGAUGCUGAAUUUUAUAGAUCUUUGAAAUGGAUUUUAGAUAAUGAUAUAACAGGAAUUUUAGAUUUAACUUUUAGUGCAGAAGAAGAAAGUUUUGGUGAAAUUGUUGAAAUUGAUUUAAAACCAGGUGGUAAAGAUAUUGAAGUUACAGAAGAAAAUAAACAUGAAUAUGUUGAAUUAAUAACAGAAUGGAGAAUUAGUAAAAGAGUUGAAGAACAAUUUAAAGCAUUUAUAGAUGGUUUUAAUGAAUUAAUACCACAAGAAUUGGUGAAUGUAUUUGAUGAAAGAGAAUUGGAAUUAUUAAUCGGUGGUUUAGCAGAAAUUGAUACUAGUGAUUGGAAAAAACAUACAGAUUAUAGAGGUUAUCAAGAAAAUGAUCAAGUUAUUCAAUGGUUUUGGAAAUGUGUUAAUGAAUGGGACUCAGAACAAAAGGCAAGAUUAUUACAAUUUACAACUGGUACAUCAAGAAUACCUGUUAAUGGGUUUAAAGAUCUACAAGGUAGUGAUGGACCAAGAAGAUUUACAAUUGAAAAAGCUGGAGAAUCAAAUCAAUUACCAAAAUCACAUACAUGUUUUAAUAGAGUUGAUUUACCACCAUAUACAGAUUAUGAUAGUUUAAAACAAAAAUUAACUUUAGCUGUGGAAGAAACGGUUGGAUUUGGUCAAGAAUAA